ACAGUAGUUUAUAAAUCGAAAGUGUGUGAAAUGGAGUGUAGAAAGAAAGAUGUUUUUUACACGAAUCAUUUUUGAAAAUCAAAAUUGAUAAAAUUGAAUUAUCUUCACUGCUAAUUAUUUUAGUGGGAUGAAGAAGAUUCUAAAUAUAAGACCUAGAUUAACGCAUAAUCAUGGUGCAUCAAAAACGAAAUAUUCCGAAAGGCAUUGGAGGGUGGCGAUGGCGAUGAGCGGCGCGAUGGACAGCUGCGGCCGGUGUAUGAAGGUUUCCCUGGUCGCCAUUAAUGUUGUCACAUUUUUAGGUGGUCUGCUAGCAGUAGCGAUAGGAGCAUGGAUUUGGACGUCCCGGUCUUUCUCGAGCACGCUCAUGAGCAAUAACAUGUUUAUUGCUUCUGUGGUCGUGGUCGUGGCUAUGGGCGCCGCCAUCAUGCUGCUGUCCUUCCUUGGCUGCUGCGGCGCCGCUAAAGAAGUCAAGUGCAUGCUGUUGACGUAUUAUAUCCUGGUAUUCAUAAUCUUCGUCGCAAUGCUAGUUGGCGGGAUCCUUUUAUUCGUGUUCCGGGAGAAGGUCCUCUCAACACUGGACCGGGAGAUGCACGCGUCUAUUCCUAACUAUGGAGUGAAGCACGAAUACACCAAGGCGUGGGACGACACACAGACGUAUCUGCAGUGCUGUGGGGUUAAGAGUCAUAACGACUGGAACGGCAAUGUUCCUGAGAGCUGCUGUAAGGAGCUGUACCCGGGCAAGCGACUGGACUGCAAAUAUUCGCCAAACCCGACCACGAUGCACAUGGACGGUUGUCUCAACAAGACCAUCGACUUGCUUCGCGAAGACGCCGCGUAUGUCGGCGCAGUAGCUAUUAUUGUAGCCUUGGUUAUGGUAUUGGCGUUAAUCUUCUCUUGUGGAUUAUUCGUGAAAAUAGAGUGACAGAAAAAGACUUUUUUGUUGAUUAAGUAUUUUGACUGUAAUUAGGAUAACUUCGGUUAAUUGGAUGUUUCGCGUUGAACGUGCGCAAUACAUUUUUAAUUUAUUUCUCAAAUUAAGGAGCAAAUAAAAUAAAAUGAUUUGUU